GGAGGAGAAGGUGCGGAGGGAGACGAGGAUGAAGACAUGUUUAACAUUAGCGAGGAGAAGGGAGAGGCGGAUGAGGGCAAGAAAAAGGAAGUCAAGUAUCUCAAGUUGGGCGAUAUCGAAGGACAAGAGUUUGACGAUGAAGACGAAGAGGGAGGUCGAAAACGAAAACGCAAGGAGGGUGAAGAGGGUAUGGACGAUGAUGAUGAUGACUCAUCUACCACCUCCGAUGAACCGCUAGACGAAGACGAUGCGAUUCGCCGCUCCAAAGUAGGCCACGGCUACGACAUGACAAAGUUUAACAUGAAGGAAGAGAUGGAAGAGGGCAAGUUUGCCGAAGACGGUACCUAUGUACGCUCCUAUGAUGCGAACGAGGUGCACGACCGGUGGCUCGAGGGGGUGAACGAAAGGGAUAUGAAGGCGGCACGACGAGCCAAGCGACGCGCCGAACGCAAAGAGCGCGAGCGGGAAAAGCAAGAGGCAAAAGAGUUGGGGAUUGAUGGGAGUGACGAGGUUGUUGUGGGUGGCGAGACUACGGAGGGUAAGGAUCCGAAAAUAGCAAUGGAGAUGCAGCUCGUCGCGUUUCUCCGACCAGGCGAGUCUGUGCUCGAAGCGCUCGCCAGACUCGGGCGAGAAAAGAAGAAAAAGGACAAGAAAUCGAAACAAAAGGAGGAUACAACAAACGAUUCCAAGCCCGUACACAAGACGGCGGAUAUCGACAAGCUCACGGCACUCGCUUCGGCAUUGAUGGUCAAUGACCCGGACGUGUACUCGACGACGUACGAAGCGCUCCUCCGAUCUGUACGGCGAUCUGGGACAGUGCCAGAAGCUUGGGCACCGCCCGUGCCCAAAUACGAGUACAAGUGGGCGACAGGAGGGGGCGAGGGCGUGUUUGGCCCGUUUACGGCGCUGGAGAUGCAAGGAUGGUAUGAUGCAUCGUUCUUUGGGCUCGGAGGUGAAAAGAUACACGUACGAAAGGUUGGAGAGGACGAAUGGGGUGAAUGGGAUGAGGUGUUUGUUUAG